UAACGGUCUCCCUCCAUUUGUACCUUUCUUAUCACAUUCCGAACCAACCAGAAAAGAAAAAUGCACUCCUUAUUACUGAUCUCUACAACUCCACCCUCAUUUUUCGACUCACCGAUCAGCCUUUCGUCGUCUCCGGCCGUGUCGUCCGGUUUCUGCGGUCCCAGGCGAGACCUUUUACGUUUUACCCCUCAGUUAAAAAACAGAAUACUUAUUAGUAAUGUAUCCAAAAAGAAUCAUCAUCAUCAUCAUGUAUUAGCAGCAGCUGCUGCUUCGACAAAUGGGAACGGCAGUCCUACGACUAAAACGACGUCGUUUGAUUAUGAUCUGGUGAUAAUUGGUGCGGGUGUUGGUGGUCAUGGUGCUGCAUUGCAUGCUGUUGAAAAGGGUCUAAAAACAGCUAUCAUCGAAGGUGAUGUGAUAGGUGGAACAUGUGUAAACAGAGGCUGUGUUCCUUCUAAAGCUCUUCUCGCUGUUAGUGGCCGCAUGAGAGAACUCCAAGAUGAGCAUCACAUGAAAGCUUUAGGAAUACAGGUUGCGGGAGCUGGUUAUGACAGACAGGCAGUAGCUGACCAUGCAAGUAAUCUUGCUUCAAAAAUUCGCAACAAUUUGACCAAUUCACUGACAGCGCUUGGUGUAGACAUAUUGACAGGUUUUGGUUCAAUAGUGGGUCCUCAAAAGGUGAAAUAUGGACUGGAUAACAUGAUAACUGCAAAAGAUAUAAUAAUUGCUACUGGAUCAGUCCCUUUUGUUCCUAAAGGGAUUGAAGUUGAUGGGAAGACUGUUGUUACCAGUGAUCAUGCUCUAAAAUUGGAGUUUGUUCCUGAAUGGAUAGCCAUUGUAGGAAGCGGCUAUAUUGGCCUUGAAUUCAGUGAUGUGUACACAGCACUUGGUAGUGAGGUCACAUUUAUUGAAGCUCUGGAUCAGCUUAUGCCUGGAUUUGAUCCUGAAAUUAGUAAGUUAGCUCAAAGGGUUCUUAUAAAUCCGAGAAAAAUAGAUUAUCAUACCGGAGUAUUUGCUAGCAAGAUCACCCCAGCAAAGGACGGAAAACCGGUCAUUAUUGAACUUAUUGAUGCCAAGACGAAAGAGCUAAAGGAGACAUUAGAGGUAGAUGCAGCACUUAUUGCUACUGGAAGAGCUCCAUUUACAAAAGGUCUUGGGCUGGAAAAUGUAAAUGUUGAGACUCAACGGGGUUUUGUUCCUGUGGAUGACCGCAUGAGAGUUAUUGACGCGAAGGGGAAAAUGGUUCCUCACUUGUAUUGCAUUGGUGAUGCAAAUGGAAAACUGAUGCUUGCUCAUGCUGCUAGUGCACAAGGAAUCUCAGUUGUGGAACAAGUUAGUGGAAAAGAUCAUGUUCUCAAUCAUUUAAGUGUCCCAGCAGCUUGCUUCACCCAUCCUGAAAUCAGCAUGGUGGGGUUGACCGAGCCUCAAGCGAAGGAGAAAGCCAAAAAGGAAAAGUUCAAGAUAAGUGUUGCAAAGACAAGUUUUAAGGCCAACACAAAAGCAUUGGCAGAAAAUGAAGGAGAGGGUCUUGCGAAGUUGAUAUAUAGACCCGAUACUGGGGAGAUUCUUGGGGUGCACAUCUUGGGGCUGCAUGCUGCUGAUCUUAUCCAUGAAGCAUCAAAUGCCAUGGCAUUAGGAACUCGUAUUCAGGACAUAAAGUUUGCAGUUCAUGCACAUCCCACCCUAUCUGAAGUCCUGGAUGAGCUUUUUAAAUCAGCCCAGGUCAAUGUAGAUGAACGCAAACCAAUAGCAGUAUAACGAAAGUUCAAGUAAGUCGAGAAUAGCUGGUUCACAUUAAAGAAGUCCAACUAAAUGCUUAUCUUGAGGUUGUUUUGAUUACUCCGAUAAUAUAUUGUAAUCUGCUUUAUAUUGCGAGUUUUUUCUGUUUGGUUUUAUUGCAAUCUUGCAGCAUUAUUUUUUCAAGUAGCAAUGCUUUAAUAGGUCCAACAGAGGUUAUGCUCAUUCAACAUGCCAUAAACAUCUUUGCUAAUCCAGAACAGCACACCCCUAUGAAACUAUCAUGGAAUGAGCAUCCUUUUCUUUUACAUACGGAAGAAAUGGAUUUGUUGUGGUUUAA